AGAGGCAAAGCCGACUUUGUCAAUAAUCGUUUGUGUCUUGUUUUUGUUUCAGAUUUUUAUGUAUUUACGCAGUUUUCAAAAUAUUUCCAUUCUGCUACUUUAUUUUUCUUUCUGUUUAAAAUGAAAGGGGAGCGAUCUUUAUUAGGAUCAGUUGUCCCCAUCGAAUGAAAACAAGUUCUGUGACCUCCAGAUGCCGGGGAAACUUGCAAGACCAGUUUUUUUCCUACCAACUUCUGACCUGUAGAAACAACUACGAGAAAAGGGUCUUUAAAGGGUUUUGUUUAUUGUUGUAAAAUUCGUCGUAUCUCAUAUGCAAUUCAUUCUUUGAACGGUAAAGAAGCUGUUCCAUGUAAAAAAAAUUUUUUUUUUUGCUUCGUAAAAUAUAACCGAUUCGCCAGCUUUUCAAUGUUCCUCGUUUUCAGUGUCGGCUAUUUCUCUAGAUCUUCCACGUUAACAAAUUUCUCGUCACAGUCAAAGAUACUAUGAUCAAUUUAUCCAUGUGUGAUAGCAACCAUAAACUGUUAAUAUUGUAUUUCAGUUCUUGAUUAGAAAACGAACAAAAAACAUUCUACUGCUCCAAAGAACACCAUAAAAAGGAUAUUGGUUCUUAGAAUUUAUUCUUUUUCUAGAAAGUUUGUUUAUUUGAUAAGAACAAGCAUGGAAUCCAAAUGUGAUUAUGCUUCUGAAACUAAUGGCUAUCACGCCAGCUAUUUGCGUAAUUCCAAGGCUGUUGGUGUUAUGUGGGGAGUAUUUACACUCUGUUUUGCUGUGAUCAUAUGUGUCGCAUUUGUACACCCUCACUGGAUUGGGGAUACACCAUCAAGCGAGCGUGCUGGCUACUUCGGCCCGUGGCGAGCAUGCCGUCAAGAAAUUUCGAACGAAGAAAUGGCCUGUCAAGGGCAGCUGGAUGAUUUUUUCUCCAUUCCUAGCCCAGCAUUUAGAGUAUCCACGGUGUUUACAGCCCUGGCUCUUGUUGCUGUUGGUUUAUGCAUCGUAUGCAUGCUUCUGUUUUUUGUCUGUCAAUCAUCUACUGUUUUUCAUCUCUGUGGUUGGAUGCAAGUAUUUUCAGGUGGCUGUCUUGCUGUUGGAGUAGCAUCCUUCCCUGCUGGUUGGGAUUCAGAGGUGGUACGAGCAGUUUGUGGCCCAGAAGCCGACGAUUUUGAUAUAGGACGUUGUGGUGUGCGGUGGGCAUAUAUGCUAGCAGCUGUUGGUGUAAUUGAUGCUGUCAUACUUGCUGCUCUGGCCUUCUUGCUUGCAACGAAAAGAGUAAAAAUAGCCCCUGGAACUGCGUCAAUUUAUAAAGGAGAAGUGAACAGUGCUUUCUUGGGUGACACUCAGUCCCUUGCAUCUCGCAAAUCUCUUGCUCAGCCUGUGCUGCUUCUCCCACAACCCUUGGAUCCAGAGAGAGUUUCGGAAUUCAGCCAGCGCACCGGGAGGUCUCAUAAAGGGAGCAGUCACUAUGGUGCUUCUAUCCACAACUUUCAGCUGUGAUCAAAAUUAUAAUUUUUAACUUUAUGGUAAAAGAAUUAUAUUUUGCUAAUUUAUUAUUUGUUGCUAGGUAGUUACUAGGUCAGUGAAUAAUGAAUAACUUUAAAAUAAUACUUAAUAUUUGCUGUAUAUGACGUAUGUUUUUAGAAAAUGCAUAUGUUAAUGUUUUAUUUAAAAUUUCAUUUUCCUUGUGCAUCAAAUAUUUUGAAUGAUUCAUUGGAAUAUUUUUAAAGUGUGAUCCAACUUGUGAUGUUUUUCACACCAUCAAUGUCAUCUAAACUAUUUUAAUACAUGAUAUACCAAGCAUUAAGAUAGCUUUCAGAAGGCAGUGAGAAAUUUUAUCAUGAAUGUAAUUUUAUUAAAAUGUACAUAAACGAUGUUUUUCAUUUAUAAACGAAAUGUGGCUCAUAAAAAAAAAGCCUUCAUGCUUUUGCACUUUUAUUUCCAUGAAAUGAAGCAUGAUACAUCAAAGAUUUUAUUUUAGGCAUCUUAAUAAAAUAUUUAAUGCUUAAUGUUUAUUUACGGAUUAAUUAUUUUAAAUUUAUAUCACUGAACCUUCUGAAAAAUUACACUGUGUAUUCAUUUUCCUCCCUCCUGUUAUUUUUGUUAAAAUGAGAAUCGAAACUUUUUCUCAUUUAAUUCAAAAUAAAAGUGUUAACAAACCUUUUUUUAAACUAAUAUUCUUAGCAAAGGAUAAGUGGUUUUCUUAAGCUAGUGUUAUAAUGAAGCCGUAUAUUUUUAAGAUAUAUUUUGUUCAUCACAACUGUUACGUAAAUACAAAUGUGAGGACCAGAAACAGUUUAUCUGCCCAGCUAGGAUGGUCUUAGUCAAUUUAUCAAUCCCCAAUGAAGAUCAAGAGCCCUCUUAAAAUCAUUCACCCUUUGCAAGUAACAGCUGCCAUAUGCCUACAACCCUGUUGGAAUAUUAAUUUUCCUGACUUCAAAAUUAACUUAAGAUUUGAAAAACUUAAAACAUUGGCUCCUAGUUUUGCUAUUUGUGCAGGAAUUUAGCUCAUAAACAUCUUCCAUUUUAAUGAACUUAAAUAACUAGAUCAUAUCACCUCUUAUUUGAUAUUUCAAGCAUGUUUGGCGGUGCUCCCCUGAAUUAAGGGUUCUUGAAGGUGACUGAACACAACUGCAUCAACACACUAAAAGAGUUUUCCUCCUGUCUAAUGUAAAUACUGUAUAUACUACUCUUAAUUAUCAAUCAUGCAUAUGAUAAAAUUGUAAACUAUAGGAUGUUAAGCAGUAAGUUACCACCCUUAAGCCAGGGCUGAAGCAGAACUACAUGCAAUACGGUAACAGCCCGUCAUCCCAUUCAGAGACUAGUUUCAUCCUUGGACAAAACUGCAAUCUCUGGAAAUGAUAACCUGGCUGUCUGGUGUAUUGCAAGUAGUUCUGCCUUAGCCCUGGCUUAAGGGUGGUAACUUACUGCUUAACAUCCUGCUGUUUACAUUUUACCAUAUGCAUGAUUGAUAAUUACCUUUACUGUACUUAAGCCUUGCUCUGGUUUAAGGACGGUAGCGUACUGCUUAAUUCCCAAGCUUUGCCUUCAGUUUACAAAUUGAACUGCACCAUGGCUGCGGACUCUCGUCGGUGAGCUAAAUUGAUUUUAUCUACCAGUUAACUGAUACUCUCGGCUUCAAUGAGAUGACACCUACCUCCAGCUCGGUUGUUUGUUAUUCCGAGCUGAUAAGUCCAUAACAAAGAUAAAACUGCAGUCUCUGGAUGUGAUAACUGGACUGUUGAUGUAUUGGAUGUAGCAGGAUGGUUUAAGCAAUUUUGUGAUAUCUACCAAAAAGCAUAAAAAUGAAUUGAUGUUUUUUCAAAAACAUGAGCCUAUAACAUAGGAUACAAAUAUAGAUAUACAAAAGAAAAUAAUACAACAUUAAAUCGCACAAAUUUACAGAAAAGAGUAUACUCGUGUUUCCGGGUUACAAAGAGCCCCCUUUUCUAUUCAAAAUAAGUGAAGUUAUGGAUGAAAAUUUCUUAUAUUUCUGCACAAAGGUAUUUCUUUUAUUUCAUAUCACAUGAUGUUUAUUGCCACAGUUCCUCAUGUUGUUCUGAUUUGAUGAUUUCAAAAUUGUGUUUAAGAAACAAACAAUGGAGAUUAUUUCCUCCCAAGUGUUGUACUGCAGUGAUUGAACUCUAAAACAUUAGACAUCAGGUAACUCAUCAUCUUACUGACAAACAUUUGUAAGGGUAGCACAGUCAAAUAAUCAUGAAUUACGUACAAAUAUUUUCGUAUCAACUUUAGACUUUCUUAAUACUAAUUCAUGCAGCUGAAAGGAGUAAUCAGACAGAGUUGUGAAUUUUAUGUUGCAUUUUUGGUACUGGAAUCUCAGAAUGAAAGUUUAUAUAUAUUUUUUUACUUAGUAAUUUACAAUAUAGUAUAGAUUUGUAAUAUUUUUUUAGAUUUUUAUAUUUCCUAUUCAGAACUUUAAUCAACUAUGUAUGUUAUUAAAUAUGUUAUACAAAGUUUAAUAAACACAAUUUUAAAUCUA